AAGGAAGCACCGAGAGCUCUAAAUUCUCUCAAUUUCAAUCAAUACCCAAUUCACUCCUUAAUUUCUUCCUUUACCACUCAAAACCUCUCUCUCUCUCUCUCUCUCUCUCUCUCUCUCUCUCUCUCUCUCUCUCAGUGUGUGUGUGAUAUUGGUGAUCGAUGACGAUGGGUACUGAUCAGACAUGUAAUGCUUUGCAUGGGUUGAAGCCAGUGUUGUUAAUGGUGGUAGUUCAGUUUGCAUUUGCAGGAGUUAAUGUUCUCUACAAACUGGCCGCUAACGACGGAAUGAACUUAAGGAUUCUUGUUGCAUAUCGCUUCAUCUUUGCAACCGCCUUCAUUCUUCCUAUUGCUCUUUUCAUUGAAAGGAAGAGCAGGCCAAAGCUCACAUGGAUGGUACUCUUGCAAGGAUUUUUGUCUGGCUUGUUCGGUGGAUCGUUAUCACAAAAUUUGUACAUUGAAAGCUUAGCCUUAACAUCGGCCACAUUUGCUUCUGCCAUAGUCCAACUCACCCCAGCCAUUACUUUCAUCUUGGCCAUCACCUUCAGGCUGGAGAACUUGAGUUUGAGAAGCCCGGCAGGGAAGGCAAAGAUGUUAGGAACAUUAAUGGGAAUAGGUGGAGCAAUGCUUCUGACCUUUUAUAAGGGUGUGGAAUUCAACAUAUGGUCCACGCAUGUUGACCUUUUACACAGCCACUUGGCAUCAUCACCGCAUACCGACUCUGGUAAUCGACUAUUGGGUUGUCUGCUAGCCUUGGGAAGCUGCUUUUGCUACGCUACAUGGCUCAUUAUCCAGACUAAAAUGAGUGCGACAUACACUUGCUAUUAUUCAAGCACUGCUCUGAUGUCAGCAAUGGGGUCAAUCCAGGCCGUUGGGUUUGCCCUCUGCAAGGAGAGGGAGUGGAGCCAAUGGAAGCUAGGUUGGAAUAUUAGGCUUCUAACAGCGGCAUACUCGGGAACUAUGGCCACUGGGCUAAGUGUGACUUUUAUUGCUUUGUGCAUACGCAUGAGAGGCCCUUUGUUCGUAUCCGUUUUCAACCCUCUCAUGUUGGUGCUCGUUGCCAUUGUUGGGUCUUUGGUAUUAGAUGAGAAGCUACAUCUUGGAAGCGUUUUGGGAGCAGUAUUGAUAGUGAUUGGUUUAUAUGCGGUGCUGUGGGGCAAGGGCAAAGAAAUAGAGAAGAUGAGUAAUUCAGUACCAUCAACAAGCUUUCACCAUCAGGAUUCUGGCUCAAUUGACAUUGUGGUAAUGUCUCCAGAUAAUAAUAAUAAAGGCAACAGCAACAACACUGAGAGCCUAACAAAUAACAACGCGUCAAAGGCUACUAAUUCUGCACUCAGCAUGAUUCGUUAAUUCAAGGAGAGGGGGAGGAAUUAAAGAGACUUUUAAUUAUCGAACUAGCCAAAACAAGUGAUAGAUCAGGUAUUAAUAAUUAUUAGAUUAUUUUUUAGCAAUAUCAGAUAUAAAUAUCCAUAUACAUUGUUCAUCCUGCCACCUUAAAGUAAAUAUUUUAGCCAUUUAAAUUUUAA